AUGGCAGAGGGAGCAGAAGUGUCACACUGCAUAUAUGAAGAGAGAGAGGAGAAUAUGGGUUCUCUUCAAAGGCUGGAAGAUGCCCCAGCAAAAUGGGAUGAAUGGGUUAACAGGCUUGCAGGUAAGUACUGUUCUAUUUGGAACCAGGCAGGGAUUUGUGAUGCUAUUUUGAGUUCUAGAUAUGAGAUUAGGUGUACCAACAAGAAUAUCCUACAUGGGUUAGUGGAGUUUUGGUCUUCAGAGACCAACACCUUUGUUUUCCCUUGGGGGGAAGCAACUUUUACCCUUGAAGAUAUGAUGGUUCUUGGUGGAUUUUCAGUCCUUGGGAGGCCUGUGACAAGGCCUGUUAAUGGGUUGUUGGUGGAAAUUGUGGAGGAGAUGGAGAAGAAGAGAGUAGAGAUUUCGAGGACCAAGGCGAAAAAAGCCUGCCAAUUUGUUUGGAUCAAGCAUUUCAUGGAGCUGCAAAAUGAGUACAAAUAUGAGCAUGUAGCAUUUCUGUCAUUGUGGUUGUCAAGGUUUGUUUUUCCUUCUCUUCCUGAAGCUUGCAUAGGGAGGCAUGUUUUUCCCAUUGCAGCACAGUUGUCACAGGGGACGAGGCUUGCUCUUGCCCCUGCUGUCCUUUCAGGUCUUUACAAAGACCUAAGCUUGUUGAAGAAACAAGCACUUUCUUGUAGGGAGGAGAUUUCUGUUCCUGGUCCAUUUCAGCUUUUGCAGUUAUGGGCUUUGGAGAGGUUUCAACCUCUAUUAAAGAAUUCCCCAAAUGCUCUGAAACCUGGGGAGACUUGGGCUGCCCGGUGGCACAGAUUACCUUCUGGAGCAAUUAGUCUUCCUCUUGUAAGAACUGUUCUUAAGUUGCAAGAGAAUUUUCAAUGGCGUCCUUAUGCUGCUGAUUUAAUCAAUUGGAGCCAUUCGUCGUACUAUACGAAGAACAAACCGUCAUUUUUUCAUAGUGCUAAGCACUCAGAUGAGAAUUUACGAUCUUAUAUUAGAUGCUUGUGCACUUCUGAGUUGGUUGGAGUAGAGCAUUGUAAAGAGAAGUAUUUUCCAAACCGCGUGGCAAUGCAAUUUGGAAUGGAUCAAGACCUUCCUGGUGAAUUUUCAAAACUGUAUUUUGCCCCAGGUACUGAUGUUGGUUUCUUUGUCCCUCCAAGGUCCUUUGAGCCGAGUGUAUCGGCUAGGUACUUGCAUUGGUGGAAAAUAUCUAAGUCUGCUCGCGCAGAUACAAUCGAGAAACAUGUCAAAGUGGCAAUACAGAAGAUUGAAAAGUAUAAUGCCUCCAUCGCGGAGAGGAAUGUUCUGAUGCAUAAGGCAUCACCACGAACUUUGGAGAGGUCUAAACCUGAAGAGAGCCGCUCCUAUGUGAUUCCUGAGGUCCCCGGAAAAUCCAAUCAUACUGUACAGAGAAAGGCCUCAGCUACUCCUCAAUUUCCUAAGCAGGUUAAGAAAGAGUCACCCCUUGAUUAUAGGGAUGAUGAUCACAUUCCACUUUCAGAACGUUUGGGACAUCUUGGAAACAAACCAGCUUGUUUGCAUAAGGCUUCCACAACCAGCCGACCAACAAAAUUUGUUUCCUCAACCUCACCUGUUCAGGACAAGAAUGUGAAGAAACGGAAGUUGGCCACAACAACUGAAGGGCUUGCUAAGAAAAUAAAUGCUGGUGAUUUUGCUAAAAAUGUGGUGAAGAUUGUUCAGAAAGGGAGGAAGGGUAGUGAUAAUAAGGCAAGUGUAGAAGUUGGUGUACCUUUCAGGAUGGAGCACAAGCAUAAAAUUGAACCUAAAGCAUCAGGAAAAGAUGCUGCAAGAGAAGGGAAGAAAGCAAUGGCUAAAGGAUCUCUAAAAAACCGUAUGGGGGCUGAUGAUCCUAAAAGAAUGCCUAAAGGGUUUCUCAAGAACCCGGUAGCGGUUGAUGACUGUAUGGUGAAUGCUACAGAUCAAACUCAGGGAGUUGGAUUACUAAUGAGGGUUCAGAAUAUUGAGAAAAUUUUGGGGGUGAAAACUUGA